AUGCCACAACAAUCAGUACCAUCAUCCAGUACAGUUAAUGUAUAUCAGGAAGACGUGGACAAUGAUACUUUGGCAACAGAAUAUUUUCAUUUGGAUAAUCAACAACAAAGAAAUUCAUUUACUGAAUCUUCAUCUGACCAGAGUGAUGUAGAGACAAUCACCUGUAAGAAACAAAAAACUAAAUCAUCAGAAAUGGUGGCUCUUUUAACUGAAUUAAAGGAGUUAAGGAAAGAUAUGAAUAAUAUGAACAUGAGGGUAGAAGAAACACGUAAAGAAUUGGAUUUGGCGUUGAACGUUCUUUCAGUAGAUGAAGCAUUAGAAUAUAUAGAAUCGGCUAAGAAAAGAGCGAAAGACAGAUUGACUACAUUGAGAGUAGUUAAAAAAUAUGGAUGGGAUGUAGUGGUAGAGUUACCUCUAUCAAAAGAUGAUGAUUUUGUAGAAUAUAGAGAAGCAAUAGAGAAAGCACAGCAAAUUGCAGCAACAAAAAGGAAAGAGAAAAUGGGCCGUAUUAUGAGUCGAGAUAUAAAGAGCCCACAAGACCAAUCUAUAAUAAAAGAACAUUCAGCAAUGAACAGAACUCAAGGAAUAACAGGAAGGACUUUAACUGCUAUAACUGCGGCAGUUUCGGACACUUGGCAUUCAACUGCCCUUCAGCAAAAAACCGAAGGCCAUUUAACUAACAAGCAGAAUCAGAUAAUUCAAGAAACAACAGUUGACUACACUCGGGCCAUAGAAAUAAAUGUAAUUGGUCAGUUAAACCACCCCUCAUCAGUCGCUUAUUGGAAAAACAAGAUAAAGGCAUCUCCUCUAAUUAUUGGAUGGUUGAAAAAUGGUUUUCCCUUGUUUCCUCAAGGACUUCUUCCUCUGGCAGCUCUUCCAGAACAAAGACAAUACACGAUGAAUCACGAACAAACAGAAUGGAUAAUUAUUCUAAAAGAUAUGGAGAAAGGAGGUUUAGUAUGA